AUGCAGUCUGGAUCAUCGUCAACCAAGCCGACACGGUUUGAUGCACUUUCUCUGCUGCGCGAGAUUCAGAGCGAACCCUCACCACCUUCUGCUGCUCCUAAGCAACCCCAAAAUGACAGCCAUCAGGUCGAGGAUGAAGACGACUUUAUGUCCGACAAGUUUCUCAUCACUACUCAAGACAAACGCCCUCUAACGUACACCAACAGACGACGACGCCUCGAAGCGCAUCAUUCUAGCAGAGCGAAACAGCGCAAAUCGAACAAGGAGCGUGAGGAGCAAGCAAGACAGGAAGGACUGGAUCGAGAUUUACUCGCCGAGGCGGAGAUCAUUGCUGGUGGUGGCAAGCUACCGCCUGAAGGAAAGCAUGGGGCUAGAAGGUGGGACCUGAUGCAAAGAGACCAAGUGGGAGGAGCAGCGGAGAACGUAGGGGAUGAUGGGACGGCAAAGGCAAUGCGGAUGAUGUUGGCCAUGGGCUAUCGGCGCGGUGAGGCGCUGGGAAGGCAGAUGCAGGCAUCAACCGACAGAGAUGGUGAUCGCCAGAGCAUUGAAGAAGAGGAGUCGGAAGAGGAAGAAGGCAAGCAAACGGCGGCAGAAGGCUCACCAGACGAGACAGACUCAGAAUCGCUCGAUAGCGACGAAGAGCAACAAGCCCAGCAGGCUCGACAGGCUUCUCAAGAGAGAGCGGAAGAUGAGUAUCUUACCGGCGGCGUUUCCGAAGCAUCUUUUACAACGAAGAUGGAGGAGCCGAGGUCGGGCAUUGUACAUGCACAACUCGAACCUCUGCGGCCCGACCAGCGCUGGCUGGGCCUGCACCGACGGGCAGGCAUUGGAAUGAUACCCAAGACGUCCCCUGACGUCGCCGAAGCUAUCCGCGCCAAAGCAGCUUCCUCUCGCCAAUCGGUUGCUGAACCGUCGUCAGCAGAAUCCGACUUCCGCACAAGGAUCUCGAGCGCACACCAACAGCGUCACAAUGCCAACCUUCUGUCACGCGCCCGUCAAGCCCUCAUUCACCUCGACCAAUCCUCCUCGAUCCAGUACAACCCACUCUGGCUCAACGUCGACAUCUAUCGCCUGCUCACAGGCCAAACCCCCACUUCUCUCACCAAUGCCACCAUCGACCAACGCAUGCAAACCGACCCAUCGUUUCGAUCGGCCGUCCAACUGCUCCAGCUCGCUUUCUCCAGCAACCAACAACAGAUCGAGGAAGCUAAACAAUUCAUCGAGCUCGACACAAAGAACCAGCUCGUGCUCGUCUUGGACUGUCUGAGACGCGAUCAUCUGUAUUGCCUCUUUUGCGGUUGUCAGUAUACAACUGCCGAGCAGCUCAACGACGAGUGUCCAGGCGAAGAGGAAAAUGAUCACGAUUAA